UUCCAUUUACGUCAGCCGUUGCCAAUCUGGCAGCCCGGCCGAAAUUUUGGACUACAAUUCCCAUUGGCCCCAGCCAGCUGUAGUCCAAAACGGUUGGCGAAUAACAGGUUGACAAAGGCUAAUUUACGGCCUCGUUGCUAAGGUGAAGGGAAGCCGCACCCUGCCUGGCCGCUCUUUGCAACUUAUGUGAUUUCUUUGAAGUCGUAUGCGUAUGACGCCAUUACAGCGCGCCAGGUAAGGAAAGCGCAGCGGCUGGUGCGAACGCAGGACGGGAGAGGACCGUAAAACCGAAGCGGCAGCCGCUAUGAAGGAAACGCCGCUGUCCAACUGCGAGAAGCGGUUUCUGCUCCGGGCUAUCGAGGAGAGAAAGCGUCUAGAUGGGCGACAGUGCUAUGACUACAGAAAUCUCCGCAUUUCCUUUGGUGCUGACUAUGGCUGCUGCAUUGUGGAGCUUGGAAAAACCAGAGUUCUUGGACAAGUAUCAUGUGAACUUGUCUCCCCAAAGCCAAAUCGUGCAAUAGAGGGCAUACUGUUCUUUAAUCUUGAACUCUCUCCUAUGGCAUCACCUGCUUUUGAGCCUGGAAGACAAUCUGAGCUGCUUGUAAAACUGAAUCGACUGUUAGAAAGAUGUCUGAGGAACUCCAAAUGUAUAGAUACUGAAUCUCUCUGUGUUGUUGCUGGUGAAAAGGUCUGGCAAAUUCGUGUGGACCUGCAUUUGUUGAAUCAUAAUGGAAACAUUAUCGAUGCUGCUAGUAUAGCAGCAAUAGUGGCAUUGUGCCACUUCCGGAGGCCAGAUGUGUCUGUGCAAGGAGAAGAAGUAACACUGUAUACCCCUGAGGAGCGGGAUCCUGUCCCUCUGAGCAUCCACCACAUGCCUAUCUGUGUAAGCUUCGCCUUCUUCCAGCAGGGGACCUACUUAUUAGUGGAUCCCAGUGAACAGGAGGAACGUGUAAUGGAUGGCCUCCUUGUGAUUGCCAUGAAUAAGCACCGUGAGAUUUGCACGAUUCAGUCCAGUGGUGGGAUUAUGCUGUUAAAAGAUCAGGUUCUGAGAUGCAGCAAAAUAACAGGGGUUAAAGUAACAGAAAUCACAGAACUAAUUCAAAAAGCCUUGGAAAAUGAUCAAAAAGUUAGGAAAAAAGGUGGGAAAUUUGGAUUUGCAGAAUCUAUUCCCAAUCAAAGAAUAACUGCCUUUAAGAUAGAACAAGCCGCGAUUGAUACUAAUGAUGUACAAGAGCAAGCUGAAGAAAUAAUCUCCAAAGCAUUUCCACCUUCAGAAGUUUUGACCAAGCCAAUUUUAUGGACUUCUGGCACAGCCCAGAUUGGAGAAGGACUUGAAAAUUCAUGGGGAGAUUUUGAGGAAUCUGAAAAGGAGGAUGAGGAAGAUGAAGUUGCCGAAGAUGAACCUGUAACAGUAGAAGAUCAGAAUAUGGAAACAGAAGAUGCUCAUGUUGGAACCAAAAAUCAGAAUGAUGAGACAAUAGUGUUAUCCGACAGUGAAGAGGAAGAUGUUGUGAUUCUCGAGCCAGAAAUUACACUCGUCAGAACUGGAUCUUCCCCCAAACAGGACAUCAGUAAAAAAAUUGGCAAAAAGAAGAAAAAAAGUGUUUGUUGAAAAGUUUUAUUUUUGUAUAUUAAACUUUCCUGCUCAAAGGCAACAUUAGCGUUCAAUAACUUUGUAUAUUUUCAUGCAGUUGUAGUGGUGCACACACUUGCCUAAGUGAUGUGUGUAUGUACAUAUAUAAAGUAAUCUUUUUCAAACUUUC